AUGGCUGCUGGCAUGGAAGAAAAGACUGUCGGCCUCUCCCGCGCCGACAGCACCAACAGCAACAAGCUCGGCCAGGUCGAGUCGGGCAACAAUGCCGCCGUUGCACAGCAGUACGGUGAGACCGUUCGUGGUCUAAGCCCUCGCCAUGUCCAGCUCAUGGCCAUUGGAGGUUCCAUCGGUACUGGUCUCUGGGUCGGUAUUGGCGGUGUCCUCUCCAAGGCCGGCCCUCUCUCCCUCGUCCUCGGAUACGCCUUCUGGGGUCUUCUCUUCAUCUGGCCCCUCAACCUGUCCGUCGCCGAGAUGUGCGCCUACCUGCCCAUCCGCGGCUCCAUCUUCGAACUCGCCUCUCGCUUUGUUGACCCUGCUCUCGGAUUCGCCAUGGGAUGGACCUACUUCUUCGCCGGCCUCAUGCUCGUGUGUACAGAAUACAGCGCCGUCGCAACCGUCAUUCAAUACUGGAACUCCGACAUCAACGCCGCCGCCUGGAUCGCCGUCGCCAUGGUUUCGUGUGUCGCCGUCAACUUGAUUGCAGUCAAGUACUACGGCGAGUCCGAGUUCAUCAUGGCCUCGACCAAGGUCAUCCUCCUGUUCGGCCUGUGCCUCAUCACCCUCGUCACCAUGUCAGGCGGCAACCCCAUGCACGAUGCCUACGGCUUCCGCAACUGGGGCGGCGGUAACUACAUCCACUCCUACUUCACCGAUGGCGCGACGGGUCGAUUCCUGGGUUGGUGGAAGGUCGUCAUCUACGCCGCCUUCACCAUUGCCGGCCCCGACAUGAUUGCCCUGGCCGCUGGCGAGAUCCAGAACCCCCGCCGCACCAUCCCUCGCGUCGCCAAGCUCAUCUUCUACCGUCUUGUCGGCUUCUACGUCGUCGGUGUCCUCUGCGUCGGCAUCAUCUGCUCCUCCCGCGACCCCGGUCUGCUGGGCGCCAUUGAGAACGGCGAGCCUGGUGCCGGUGCCUCCCCUUGGGUUGUUGGUAUCAAGAACCUGCACAUCAAGGCUCUUCCCGACAUCAUCAACGCCUUCAUUCUACUUUCUGGAUGGUCCUGCGGCAACGCCUACCUCUACUCCUGCUCCCGAACCCUCUACGGUCUCGCCCGCGACGGCCAGGCCCCCAAGUUCCUCCAGAAGUGCACCAAGGCCGGCGUGCCCAUCUACUGCGUCCUGACCGUCACGCUCAUCUCGUGCAUCACCUUCCUCGUCUCUUCCAACGCCGCCGUCGAGGUCUUCUUCUGGUUCGUUGACCUGACCACGACCGCCCUCAUCAUGACCUACACCUUCAUGCUCAUCACCUACAUGGGCUUCUACCGCGCCCGCGUCGCCCAAAACUUCCCUCCCGAGACGCUGCCCUACAUCGCGCCCCUGACCCCCUGGUUCCCCGCCCUGGCCCUGCUCCUGGGCUUCCUCGCCCUUAUCUUUGUCGGCUUCGACAACUUCUACCCCUUCAGCGUCCGCGGUUUCAUCACGUCCUACUUUGGCUUCAUCUUUGGCGUCUUCACGUUUGUCGUCUGGAAGGUCCUCAAGCGCACGCGCUUCGUCCAGCCCAAGGAGGCCGACCUGCUCAGCGGAAAGGCCGAGGUCGAUGCCGAGUGCAGACACUGGGAGGAGGGUGGCAUUGAGGAGGUGGAGAGGGCGAGACUGGCCCAGAUGUCUGUUGUCCGCAGAACCUGGGAGAAGAUGUGUUUCAUCAUCCAAAAUGCUCUCUCCCCAACACGGUCUCAGCCGGAGUUGAGCCCCUCAGGUCCGGACGUCGACACGGAGACGCCCGGGCGAAGGGACGCAGACAACCAUCUGCCGUCUCCGGAGCAUGACAUAUCCGAUGCUUCGGUUUACUCUGCUUACUCGGCAUCGGGUACGACGCCGACUGAUGCCGAUGAUACUCGCGACCGACCGGCGCCGGGCCCGCUUCCCCCCGCCAACACCGGAGUUGAGCUGAACUUUUCCAACAUGAACCUCACGUGCCCGAUCAACCCCGACGACAUUGCGAACCGAUGGCUGCACAAUUUCGUGCCAUUGCCGGGCCAAACAAUCAAGAAGUACACCCCCAGCAUCUCCGCCUUUAUCCAUCGGGUGCUGCAAUCCUACGCAAACUGCGCAAUCCGCGGCCACAGGGUGCCGCCUUUCAUCCACUGGUCACAGCUUAACUCCCCAUCCAGUGUGCCCCUUUCGACAUGUCUAUCAGUGAUACGCAUGUGUGCCAACCCACAUCCAGGCAGCGAGGGCGUCAUCGCCGAGGUUCUCCAGCGGGAGAUGACUAAACUCUACGACAGAAAGACAACCUUUGACGACAUGGCCCUGCUGGCGGCCUUCCAGGCAUAUCUCAUCUACGCCAUGGUCAUCUUCUUCCGGCUCGGUCGCGAGUACAAGACGUUCUUGCACCAGGCCAUGAUGAACACGCAAGACCUCGCGUGCGAGACGGCGCGAAGGGGCCUUGCGUGUGUCGCAGAACAGCAAGGUGCCAGGCCGAAAUGGGAGGAAUGGAUCGUCGCGGAAACGAAGAGGAGGGUGGUGUUUACAAUGUGCAUGUUUGACAGUGCCCUCUUGACGAAUGACGGUCUCCCGAGUCAUCUUGCUACCGAGCUUCGAGGGCUGCUUGCCCCGGGUAGCAAGUCUCUGUGGGAGGCGAGGGACCGACGUGACUGGGAGGUCAAGUACAAUAUUCAGCUUGCGGCGUGGAACGAUGGAGGGCUCCGGAUUGAAGAGCUCUGGCCAAUGCCAGAGCAUUUCGUUUCCGGAUUCGCGUCAAACAUCUACUUCCCGGCCCUCUCCACCAUCGCCGACGACCUCAAUGUUUCUGUCGAGCUCAUCAAUCUCACAGUCACCACCUAUCUCAUCUUCCAAGGUCUCGCCCCGAGUCUCUGGGGUCCCAUUUCCGAUGUCAAAGGUCGAAAGGUCGCCUACAUUGGCACCUUUUUGGUAUUUUUCGGGGCAUGCGUCGGCCUCGCCGAGAUCAAGUCGUAUGCCGGCUUGAUUAUUCUCCGGUGCGUCCAGAGCAUGGGCAGCGCAAGCACGAUCGCCAUAGGGUCCGGCGUUAUUGGGGACAUCACGACGCGCGAGGAGCGUGGGGGCUUCAUGGGCGUUUUCCAGGCUGGGCUGCUGGCUCCUGUUGCCAUCGGUCCGGUCAUUGGGGGUGCUCUUGCGGGGUCGCUGGGCUGGAGGAGCAUCUUCUGGUUCCUGACCAUCUACUGCGGGAUAUUCCUGUUGUUUCUGGUUGUCCUGCUACCAGAGACGCUGAGAUCGGUCGUUGGAAACGGUGGACGGGCGCCGUCGACGUUGUUGCAGAAAUACCCGUUGGUGUAUUACCAGCGAACGACGAAGGUGAAGUGGGAUGUUGAGGAAACGACGCCUGGCAUGACACCUCGCAAGAAGGUCGACUUGACAGCACCCAUCCGGAUUCUCUUCAACAAGUCGGCCGCGUCUAUUACAGUCUUCCUCGCCAUUUACUAUGCGGUGUGGCAGAUGAGCAUCACCGCCAUGUCCACACUCUUCAAGACCAAUUACGGGCUCUCCGACACGCACAUCGGACUAACCUUCAUCGCCAACGGAGCAGGUUCGAUAAUCGGUACGUUGGCGACCGGGAAGUUCCUGGACAUGGAUUAUCAGAAAGUCAAGGCAACAUACGGAGAGCAAGAUAACGACUCGGAUUUUCCGAUCGAAAAGGCACGUCUUCGGCUGGUGCCCGUGUUUGCCCUCUUUCAAUGCGUGUCGAUUGCUGCAUUUGGGUGGACAAUCAACUUUCCAGAGAAGGUGCAUAUUGCGGUGCCCAUUGCAUCAACGUUUGUCACGGGAUGGACAGCCAUCGGCACGCAGUCGCUGGUCAUGACCUAUCUCGUGGACAUCUUCCCUGACCGAAGCGCGGCAGCGAGUGCCAGCCUCAACCUGGCGAGAUGCUUGUUUGCGGCAGGAGGCACGAGCUUCGUGAUGCCAAUGGUCAACUCGAUUGGUGUUGGAUGGGCCUUCACCGUUUGCGUGGCGGCGCAGGCCGUCGCUGGUCUUCUUGCUGGCGUACAGUGGAAGUUUGCUGGAAGAUGGAGGCGUCAGGAGGCUGAAGGGCAGGCAUGA